AACAUAGUAAUAGUAUGAAAAAUUAGACAAAAAAAUUGAGAACGGAGAAGGAGACGGACUAACUAGGCAUUAACGGCGCACCUUGAAGACUAUUUUAGCAGUUAAACACACACACCUCCAAAGUUUUCAACACUGAUUCCUCUCCAACUCAAACUCUUCGCAGAUUUUCCGAUCUGCCGGAAUUCAGACUAAAAUAUCAAGAAACUAUAAGAAAAGAAUUUGAAAUGGCCGACAAGAAGAAGCAAUUCACUAAGGUCAACCAGCUGCGCCCGUUGGAUACCGGCCUCAGUCUUACCGUAAAGGUUAUCAGUGCAAAGAUGGUAGCACAGAGAGGUCGGUCUCAAGUGCGUUUUUCCGAGUGCUUGGUAGGGGAUGAGUCAGGAAUCAUCAUUUUUUCUGCGAGAAAUGAUCAAGUGGAUAUGGCAAAAGAGGGCAACACUCUCGUCCUCUCGAAUGCAAAGGUCGACAUGUUCAAGGGAUCAAUGAGGCUGGCCGUGGACCGUAAUGGUCGUGCUGAAGUUGUGGAGGCUGCUGGCUUCUCCGUGGACGAGAGCAACAACCUGUCGUUGAUCGAGUUCGAACCGAUCGAUGUCGUCGUCUGAGCUUGUGUGAGGCACUGUUUCACAUUUUUGCCUUCAAUCUCAAAACUUGACCUCCUAUUUAUUGCAUUUUGUUUCAUUAUUUAAGUGUGUGUGGAAGUUUCAUUUUUGUUGCUAUAAUAUUUAUGCCAAUCAUACCCUGCAAAA